GAGAUGGAUCCAUCCAAUAACAACGACGAGUUGUUAUCCCUACUAGAGUACUUCAGCGAUGCGCUGGGCAAUUACAACUUUACUAAAAAUGACAUCCUAAAUAAGUUUGCCAGGUACGACUUCGACGAACUUUCCCCUCCACGGGCAAAACAGAGAGAUGGUGUGAUUUUGUACGCUUCUCCUUUUGUAUUUUUGUUUGGGGUAGCUGGGCAUCUAAUGUCACUGCUAAUUUUGCCCUAUUUUGCCAAAAAGGAGUCUACCUAUGUAUACCUUCUGUUCCUUUCGAUAUUUGAUCUUCUUGUUCUUCAUGUCGGCUUGCUCAUCCGAUGGCUGCAAGAGAUACUCGCCGUUGAUAUUUUAUCUCUAAAUAACUACACCUGUAAGGUACUGACCUUCCUUGGGUUAGUCUUCAGCGACACCUCUGUCUGGUUGCUCGUUGUCGUCACGCUUGAAAGAUUUGUUCUGCUCUACCACCCAUUUCGCGCAAAGCUCAUAUGCACGGUUCGUCGGUCCCUCAUUAUCAUUCUGUUUAUGUUCGUCGCCAUGGCAGUGUUAAAUGGUCAUGUAUUUUGGACUCUCGAAAUCAUCACCGACAAUGUGACCCAAUCACAAAACUGUGAUUCAGCCGCGAAUAGCAAUGCCUUGAUUUAUCAAAUAUGGCCUCUGAUGGAUUCUUUGAUUUACUUUAUUUUGCCUUUCCUUUGUACUUGCGUCUUUAACUACAAAAUUAUUCGAAAAAUCCGCCACAUUAAAAUCAGAAAUCGCAUUUGUAAUUCCCGUCGGUUUCCAAGAGUAAGAAGGGAACAGAAAAGGCCAAAAGUUGAAAGGAAGCUGACCAUAACGAUGGUCAUUUUAUCCUUGGCCUUCAUCAUGACCACCCUUCCAAUGUUGAUCUACCUGUGUGUGACAGCGGUGAUGAAUUCUCUCCACAAACAGCCGAUAUUUAGCCGCGAGAGAUAUCAAUACUUCCGGUCUUUUGCCGAGUUGAUGAUGUAUACUAACCAUGCUGUCAACUUUUACCUUUACAUCGCAAACUCGAGGCGACUCAGAUUGUGGUUUCAGAAGCGAAUCUGCCAACAGAAAGCGGAACAGCUUGUUAUAGGCAAUGAAGUUCUUGAAAAGCAAGAGUAUUCAUCCAGAUUUUCGUAGACAAUAAUCAAGAUUCCCGUGAUUAUCUGUGAUAAGAAUGUGUCUAUGGACAUUGAACAUAUUGUUUACUAUUACUUUAAACAUAAUAUAUUAUAAAAUAUUCGUAGACAAUAUCAAGAUUUCCAUGAUU